AUGUCAAAAUAUUGCCCGGAUCAUAUUGAUAAUAUCACAGCUGUCAAAAUUCUUGUCCUGAUGCUUUCUAUUAAGAACCAGGUUGCUAGAAAGAUUCAUGAAAAAUUGCACUACUAUGAGAGACAGAGUCCUGUGCCCAUUCUUCACAGUGCAGCAGCUUUGGCCGAUGACCUGGCCGAAGAGCUACAGAACAAGCCAUUAAACAGCGAGGUCAGAGAGCUGUUGAAACUGCUGUCAAAACCCAACGUGAAGGCUUUGCUCUCUGUUCACGAUACAGUGGCUCAAAAGAAUUAUGAUCCUAUAUUGCCCCCUAUGCCUGAUGAUAUUGAUGAGGAGGAGGACUCUGUGAAAAUAAUCCGUCUGGUUAAAAACAGAGAACCACUGGGAGCUACCAUUAAAAAGGAUGAGCAGACUGGGGCAAUCAUUGUGGCUCGAAUCAUGAGAGGAGGGGCUGCAGACAGGAGUGGUCUUAUUCGUGUUGGUGAUGAGCUUAGGGAGGUGAAUGGGAUACCAGUGGAGGAUAAGAGACCUGAGGAAAUAAUACAGAUCUUGGCUCAGUCUCAGGGAGCCAUUACAUUUAAAAUAAUACCCAGCAUCAAAGAAGAGACACCAUCUAAAGAAGGCAAGAUGUUUAUCAAAGCCCUUUUUGACUAUGACCCUAAUGAGGACAAGGCAAUCCCAUGUAAGGAGGCUGGACUUUCCUUCAAGAAGGGAGAUAUUCUUCAGAUUAUGAGCCAGGAUGAUGCAACGUGGUGGCAGGCGAAGCAUGAAGGUGAUGCCAACCCCAGAGCCGGCCUGAUCCCCUCAAAGCACUUCCAGGAAAGGAGAUUGGCUCUGAGACGACCAGAAAUACCAGUUCAGCCCUUGAAAGCUUCCAACAGGAAAUCAUCUGGCUUUAGAAGAAGUUUCCGUCUUAGCAGAAAAGAUAAGAAAACAAAUAAAUCCAUGUAUGAGUGCAAGAAGAGCGAUCAGUAUGAUACAGCUGAUGUGCCUACAUAUGAAGAAGUCACACCAUAUCAGCGACAGAUGAAUGACAAAUACAGGCUUGUUGUCUUGGUUGGCCCUGUAGGCGUGGGGCUGAAUGAACUGAAGCGGAAGCUGCUCAUCAGUGACACUCAGCAUUAUGGAGUAACGGUGCCCCACACCACCAGAGCAAAACGAAGCCAGGAGAGCGAUGGCGUUGAAUAUAUUUUCAUUUCCAAGCAUUUGUUUGAAACAGACGUACAAAAUAACAAGUUCAUUGAAUAUGGCGAGUAUAAAAACAACUACUAUGGCACAAGUAUAGACUCAGUUCGGUCAGUCCUCGCUAAAAACAAAGUUUGUUUGUUGGAUGUUCAACCUCAUGAAGAAGACUUCCAAGAAAUGAUUAAAUCUGCACAGAUAAUGGAAAGUCAAUAUGGCCAUCUUUUUGACAAAGUUAUAGUAAAUGAUGAUCUCACGGUGGCAUUUAAUGAGCUAAAAACAACUUUUGACAAAUUAGAGACUGAUACCCAUUGGGUGCCAGUGAGCUGGUUGCAUUCAUAACUAAGGGAAAUUUCCACAAUUAUCUUUGUAAGGUGCAUGAUCCAAUCAGUUACCAUUUUAGUGGCAGAGGUUUAUUGUUGUUCUUUUUAAAAUCUGUAUCACUGGCAUUGUAUACAAUCUUGGUAAAGUUGAGUACUAGUUGUAUAUCUUUUUUUCUUCCUUAUUUAAAACAGUGUGUGACUAUAAGAUCUAUAAGUCCACAUUUUCACAAUUCUAUAUUCUUAGAAAAACUCUGAACCUUCUAAUGUCUUUAGUAUAACUCAAUCUGCAGUGUAAGAUUGAAUUUUUUCAAACACAUCCCUAGACAGUAUAGACAGGAAGGAGUGCCAUCCUUCAGUGAGCCAGAUGUGGUGACCUUCACUUGGCACAUUGCCCUUGAAGGUAAUAAUUGAGCACCUUGAAUGGCUCCAGAUAGAUAAGUCCCUUUGUUAUUUCCAAGUGAAUCCUUUUAAAUCUAAUGAGGCUGGUAAUGAGACAAACUGUUUCAGAAGUGUAAAUGUUUCCUUGCAUAUGCAAUAUGUUCAUAACACAUACAUUUUACAGUCUAAAGGAAUAACUAAAAAAUGGACCUUGAGCAAGUAGUCUUUGUCUUAUAGUGCUUACCAAUUCUAUGGUAGAAAAUGUAAUACAUUGUGCUAUCCAAACUGGCCUCAGAUUCCUGAAUCUUUGGCUUCAGCCCCUGUAGUUGCUGGGAUUACAGGCACAUGUCACCAUACCCAGCUUGGAAAAUAGACUUAAACAUUAUUACAAACAUAAAACCCUUUAUGGUAUUAGUAAGCAUGGUGGUAUCUUAGGGUAAGAAAUGAUUAAAAAGGACUUUUUUUUUUUACUUACAGAGAUUCAGAAGACAUUUCUGGAGUUAUCAGAAGGUUUUCUAUUUAUUUCUUUUUUCAUUUUCUAACUUUGGAUUUUCUCAGUAAAUCAUAAAUAUAUGAUUUGUAUUCUAAAAUAUUUAAAGUGCAUUUUAUACAUUAGUGAUACAGUUAAAGAAACGUGGGCAUUUUUUCCAGUUUUUAUACUUGGUCACAGUUCAUUUAAAUUGUACUAACAUGUGUUUUAGAGAACUGUUUAAAUUGUACAAGGGAAUUUCAUCCAGAUAAGCAAUAGAUACAUAUAAUGUACUUUGAUCAAAUUCCCUGUCUGUAUUACUUUCCUAAUCACUGGGAAAACUUACCUGAUGUUAAUGUCUUUGUCACUAAAAUGAUCAGACACUGUCAUAACUUUGGCAUUGUUAAGUAGGAUAAGAACAACACUUACUUUGUAAGUGUUUAGAUGGAACCUCUUGUUUUCCUUUGUUACUACUGAUCUUCAUAUAGUAAAAACACUGCAGAUGCCCUCAAGUUCUGUUAGAAAACAUGCCAUCUUUGCAUGCAUGAAGUCUUGCCAGGGGAGAAUUACAGCUCUGUGACCUCCAAAAGAAAUGAUUUU